AUGUCCAAACAACGUGGAAACAUUGUGUUCGAAACCUCAAUGGGCGUAGUUCAGAUCGAACUCUAUUGGGAUCAUGCACCAAAGACAUGUACCAAUUUUUACGAACUUGCUAAGCGUGGCUACUACGAUGGAAUUAGUUUCCAUCGUAUUAUUGCCGUAAGUGGUGAUCCUACAGGAACAGGUCGCGGAGGAGCCUCGAUUUAUGGAAACAAGUUUGAGGAUGAAAUUCACCCUGAUCUUAAGCAUACUGGUGCUGGUAUCCUAAGCAUGGCCAACUCUGGCCCCAACACUAAUGGAUCCCAGUUCUUCAUUACACUUGCCCCUACACCGUGGUUGGAUGGAAAACACACGAUUUUUGGUCGUAUAAGCGAUGGAAUGAACAUUGUCAAGAGAAUGGGUCUAGUCCCUGUGGAUUCCAAUGACAGGCCCAAGGAUUCUGUCCGUAUUGUUCAUGCCCGUGUCGAUUAA